AUGACCUCCCAGACAGUAUUUCCCAGCUCUGAGCCCUGGUACUCCCGACGGGGGGAUCGGGUGAACGAGGAACCUUCAGCGAAGAACGCCCAGGGCUUGUUCCCUCCUGAUGCCUGCAUCUUUGUUGGCAAUCUUUCAACCAAACUAAGCGCCGAGGAGCAGAGCGACUACUUAUCGCGCGCGUUCUGGAAAAUCGGCCCUUGCUAUGUCAAGAUCAAACAAGACAAGAAGAAAGGGCUUCCUGGGGCCUUCGUGCAGUUUGAGUAUGUGGAACAUGCCGCAACGGCACUGCAAUGGGAUGAGUUGCUUAAACUGGAUGGCCGCUGGCUACGGAUUGAGAGGGCAAAAGGAAGACGAACGGCAUGUCUUGGAUUCCGCUCCGGGGAGUCUAUCUCUAACGCUGAGGUUGAUAACGCACUGAAUGGACGUGGCCCUGUGGAGCUCUACACUCUUGAACGCUACCAGUCUGGACCUUACAGCUGGUGCACAGUCUGCAGAGUUACUUUUGCCUAUGUGGAUGAUUGCAGGGACGCUAUCAGGCAUUUCCAAAAGGACGAGACAUACUACAUGGUUCUUCUCGACAUCGACGGCAACCCACGCGCGAAACAGUCAAAUAAAUCUGCUCAGGAUCUGAAGAAAAAGAACUGGGCGCCUCCUCCUCCCUUUCCUCCUGGUCUUUCUGGGAACAAACCACCCCGAUUCAACAACAACCGACCCUACCGCAACGGGCCCAACAAUCCAAGAGGCUACAAUGGCCCUCCACCACCAAUCUACAACGAAAACAUGCCUCCGGGAGGCCCAUACCCUCCUUAUGGUCCACCGCUGCAUCCUCAAAUGUACCCCGGGAUGCCGUUGUAUCCCCCCAACGUGCCUCCUCCGAUGCAUCCCCCAGUCUCCUACCCGGCAGUCUAUCCUCCAGCCAGUGGCUGCGGGCCUGCUUCUCCAUACUAUUACUACCCGCCGCCAGGCCCCAUGUACAAUCCCGGUCCGCCUAUUGCAUCGUCACUGCCGGAUAUGAACGGCGGUGCUAUGAUUGUCAACAGUCAGCCUAUGCCCGUCAGCAUGCCACCACCUCCUUAUUGUGACCCCUAUGCACCUGACAUGGGAUAUCCGCCAUACCCUCCACCAUAUACGAUGCCUGGCCCAGCAGAUGGAUACUACAUGCUUGCCAUGAGCCCUGAGGGGUAUGGCCCGAGCAUGGAGUACCGUUUUGCACCGUCCGGCAACAACGACACAAGCUCUGAGAAGACCAAUGGAGGAACUCCGCCUGAAGCAUCGGAGAAGGAUACCGAGAAAGACAAGACCGACGAACCAGAGGUUGAUAUAUACAAUCUCCCACCAGAGAAAGCGCCCCGCCUCAUUAAAACGCACAACUCGGACUCGAACUCGAACUCGGACUCCUCGGACGCAGAGGAACAGAAACAAGAACAGGAAGAGAAAGAAGACCGACCCUCCCGGCGCGAAAAAAGGCCCAAGAAAUUCACCGUCCUCGACACCGUCGUCGAAGAAACAGAAUGCCUCCCCCACUCGUCCUCGGAAUCAGAAGUCUCCCACUCCCCAUCCUUCUCCUUCUCGCCCUCGCCCCCGCUGAACGAAUCCCGCAACCAUUCCAGCGAGCCUACCUCCUCGCCAGACCCCACAAACCCCCAUCUGCAGCGCAAGGGCCUGGCGAGCAAGUACCAGCCCGCGAGCGGGAUCACCGUUGAGGAGUACGUGCGCAACGAGGCGAAGACGAAGGCUGCCUGGGCGGAUCUGAGUGAGGAGCUUAUUGCGCAAGUGAUUGGGGAGUUGGAGGAGGAGAGGGUGGAUGAUAAGAAGGUCGCGCAGUCGCUUAUUACUGCUUCUGCGGGUACUUCGAGGAGUUGUUCGUUGACGAGGACUGCAUCGUCGAAGUCGAUAUAG